AUCUCUCCCAUAGCCUGGGCUGGGGGUUUAGUUCGCGAUAAAUUUCACCAAGUGAUGAUGGGUGGUGAAUGGUUGAAAUGAUAUCCUGUAUAGGUGAUCUUUCAAUACAGACGGCUGGGUAUUCUAUCUCGAGUUAGGGUGAUAAGUUUGAUAAGACCAUAAUGAUUGUUGUUGGCGACAUUCACAGCACCCCUCAGCAUCGUUGGGCCACAAGUAAAUUGAACCGAGGCAGACAAUGGCAGACAAGGUUGUAGAGAGAGAAUCCUGGGGAAACAAGGUCCAGUUCCUGCUGUCUUGUAUCGGCUACUCUGUCAGCCUUGGAACAGUCUGGAGGUUUCCCUACCUCUGCUACAAGAAUGGGGGAGCCACGUUCGUCAUCCCCUACCUUAUAAUGCUGGUGGUGGUAGGACUGCCGAUGUUCUUCAUGGAGCUGGCCCUGGGUCAGUUCGCUUCUGAGGGAUCGAUCACUGUGUGGAAAGUCUCUCCAGCAUUUCAUGGUAUUGGGUUUGCCAUGGUGAUCACCAGCUUCAUGGUGUCCAUCUACUUCAACGUCGUCAUCAUGUACGCCGUGUACUACAUGUUUGUCAGCUUCGUCAACCUAGAUUACUCAAUUCCCUGGGGGUCGUGUGGCAAUUCCUGGAACACCAACUCCUGCAGGACUGAGUCCUAUCCAGCUUUGUCAUCCAUGACCGAGGAUAACAAAACAAUGACAUUGUUUAGAGAGUUGUACAAUCAGCCAUGUGUAGACGGCCUCCUCAGCAACAUCUCCGACGUCUACAACUCCACUUUCAACAGCACCGAUGACCUCAACUCCACCAUGAUCCAGGACGACAUCACCAAGAGCUGCCUCAUCAAGUACACAACAGCCAGUGAAGAGUACUGGGAGCGCUAUGUACUUCGUCUCCACGAAUCGGAUGGGUUUGAGGAUUUGGGAGGGUUCAGUCUAAAGAACACCAUGUGCCUAUUCCUGACCUGGCUCCUCAUCUUCGUCUGUCUGAAGAAAGGAAUCAAAUCAUCCGGCAAGGUCGUGUAUUUCACCGCCACCUUCCCCUACGUCAUCAUGUUGGUGCUGCUGAUCCGGGGCGUGACGCUGCCAGGACACGAGAAGGGAAUCUCAUUUUACAUGACACCACAGCUUCCUAAGUUGACAGAGGCCAAGGUAUGGGGAGAUGCAGCUACUCAGAUUUUCUACUCCCUGGGUCCUGGAUUCGGUGGGCUUUUGACCAUGUCCAGUUUCAACAAGUUUAAGAACAACUGUGAAUAUGAUGCUAUUAUAGUUUCUUUCGUCAACUUUUUGGGAAGUCUUUUGGCAGGCUUCACCAUCUUCUCCAUCCUGGGCUUCAUGGCUCACACCACCAACCAGGACGUGCAGAACGUGGUGGACCAAGGUCCAGGUCUAGCUUUCAUAGCAUACCCAGAAGCCAUCGCAAGGCUCCCGGUGUCACCACUGUGGGCCUUACUGUUCUUCUUCAUGCUGCUAACCCUUGGCCUUGACACUCAGUUAGUAAUGAUGCAAACACUGUUAAGUGGCAUCACUGACAUCUUCCCCCGUUUCCUGAGAGCCCACAAGACGGCCUUCACUGGCACCUGCUGUCUGAUUGGCUUCCUACUGGGGUUGCCCCAAGUUACAAAGGGUGGUAUUUAUAUGCUGACACUGAUGGACUGGUACUGCGCCAGCUACAACCUGAUGCUGGUGGCUCUGACGGAGAUCAUCUGUAUCAUGUAUGUGUACGGUGUCAAGCAAUUCAUGGAGGACAUUAAGAUGAUGCUUGGCCACCGACCCAACCCCUACUGGGUCGUGACUUGGGCGUUCCUGACUCCCCUCAGCCUACUUUUCAUCGUGAUCAUGUCUGCCACUCAGUACACCCCAGCCAACUAUGGAGACUACAGGUACCCCCCGUGGGCUGAGGGCAUUGGCUGGUGCAUGGUUGUCGCCCCUCUUGCUGUUAUACUCCUCGUUAUGGUAAUCCACGUCUACAGACUCGGACCUAGGAAAGCCUUCACGCCAAGGAGCAGCUGGGGACCUGCCAACCAGGAAAACCGGACAGGAAGAUACUUCAUCAAUGGAAAGGUUCAUAGUAACAUGGGAGACGGUAUCAACACCGAUAACGAGACGGGGAACACAUCAGUUAAUGUCAACGGUGGAUUUGACAAUCCUGGACACUACAGUGACAGACUAUAAACUGGCCACUUGAAUCGGGCACAAGGCAACUAUUUCCAUCUUACCAAUGAAAAAAUGAGAGAUACAUAUGUUCCUUCAGGUUUUAAGCAAAAUAAAACUUCUAAAUCAA